GUCUUAAUGUUGCAGCAGUCAAAUCAAUGUGAACUAUGCUAUGCUGACCGGAAUUUCUCCACUUCACAUUGUUUUAUUGAGAAACAUUUGAGUGCAUCCAUCAUAGCCGGCUCGAACACCGAACUCUGUGCUUCAACAUCACAUCACACAUUUCCGUAUCUGAAUUGUUUAUUUUGCUCUCUGUGAGGCUUUCUUGUUUCUAAUCGCCGCUUGAGGGAUAGUUUCCUCGCCCCCUUAGUGGUACAGUUUAACGAAUGCCCUCAAAGAGGAGACACGUCAAUCCGUUCGCGUCUCAGAUGCCCAUUUCCUGCUGUUGACGGGGCAGCGAUUAUUGACAAUGGUCAUAACAUCUCUUGAGAGAGAUGAGUAUGGGUGUCCCAGGUUUCGUGGAUGUACUAAUAUUCGGGAAUUCGAGUUUCUUGGUAAACUCGGUGAAGGUACAUUUGGGGAGGUAUACAAAGCCAGGUCGAAGAAGGAUAAUACUAUCGUCGCGCUGAAAAAGAUUCUUAUGCAUAAUGAGAGGGAUGGGUUCCCCAUAACCGCUCUCCGUGAGAUUAAGCUCCUCAAAAUGUUGUCUCACACUAAUAUACUCCACCUCAGAGAAAUGGCUGUGGAGCGAAGCAAAGGGGAAGGACGAAAGAAGCCAAGCAUGUAUAUGGUGACACCAUACAUGGAACAUGAUCUUUCGGGGCUAUUAGAGAAUCCAACGGUUCAAUUCACUGAGGCACAAAUCAAGUGUUAUAUGUUGCAACUCCUCGAGGGGCUCAAAUAUUUGCACGCGAACCGCAUCCUACACCGCGACAUGAAAGCGGCGAACUUACUCAUCAGCAACAAGGGUAUCCUGCAAAUCGCUGAUUUCGGUCUAGCUCGGCCAUAUGAGGAACCUCCUCCUGAGCCGGGGAAAGGUGGUGGGGAGGCGAGAAGGGAUUACACAACUCUCGUUGUGACUCGAUGGUAUCGUCCUCCGGAGCUUCUUCUUCAACUUCGGCGUUACACUACGGCAAUCGAUAUGUGGGGUGUCGGUUGUGUCUUUGGUGAAAUGUUCAAAGGAAAACCAAUACUUGCCGGUAACAGUGAUCUCAACCAGGCUCAGCUUAUCUUCAAUCUGGUAGGUUCACCUACCGAGGAGACAAUGCCAGGAUGGUCUUUACUUCCGGGGUGUGAAGGUGUGAAGAAUUUUGGGAACAGAUCUGGGAGGUUGUUCGAGGUUUUCAAAGAUCAAGACCCUACUGCCGUCUCCCUGUUGGGUGAACUUUUGAAACUUGAUUGGAGGAAAAGAAUCAAUGCCAUCGACGCAUUAAAGCAUCCCUAUUUUUCUAAUUUACCACUUCCUGCACGUCCUGGUGAGCUGCCAUCGUUUGAAGAUUCCCAUGAACUUGACAGGAGAAGGUUCCGGGGCCAAAGAGCCCCGAUGCCUCCUGCACCCGUUGGAGGUUCCAUAGCAACGGCCGCAAAUGGGAGCUGGACGACGGCAUCUAGUAACAGACACUCUGUUGCUGAGAACAAGAUAAAUCGCCUUCCUAAUGCCGCGCGUUCCACCCGGCCGCAUCCUAGUGCGGGCCAUGGAGAUUCUCAGCCUCGUUCUUUUGACAACCGGCUUGCUGAAUCAUACCCACGAGCAGGGCUUGGCGAGGAAUCACAUUCAGGCUCUUGGCGCAGGGGCGGUCUACCCCCCAAACCUCCUGCUCCGGCGCAUCAGUGGCCAAAUGGUAAUGUGAACAGAUUCGGGCGUGAAAGGGACUAUAACCGUCCAGGAGGGCGAUCUGAAGUCCUUGUGGAUUCCUACGUUCCUCGCGUUAGUACGAAUCCGGUUGAGUAUUCCCGCGAAAGGGAUGGCAGCGUCAGCAUUAGUACCGAUGGGCACGAUUACCCCGGAAAUCACCAACACCCCCGGCAGGAGCAUGCACGUGAUAAUCCAUCGAGGAGGAGGAGCCGGAGUCCCUACGCCAGAGAUGGUUUUCGUGGAACUGAUAGAGCAUUCUAUCGCAGAUAAAAUAAUAUCAUGUAACAUAACAUGCGCAUUCGUGAGAUAGUGAUAUGAAAAGCAAAGGAAUCAGCAAUGGAGG